AUGGACAGCUCCCUGCACGCCACGCUCGGCCUUGUGCUCGGCUGCUGCCUGUGGGGCGCGUGGGGCCAGGAAAAGAUCCAUGUUCCCAAUGGGGGGAUGUGGGGCACGUGGGGCGAGGAGCAGUCCUGCCCCGGCAACAGCUUCGCCGUUGGGUUCUCCCUGAAGGUGCAGCUGCCCCAGCUCACCGGGGACGACACGGCGCUGAACGGCAUCCGGCUGCGCUGCUCUGAUGGAAGCACCAUCCAGUCCAACGUGGGGCCGUGGGGAUUGUGGGGCCUAGAGAAGAAAUGCCCCUCGGGGCAGCGGCUGACCCAGUUCCGGCUGCGGGUGGAGCCCUGCCAGGGCCUCAAGGACGACACGGCCGCCAACAACAUUGAGUUCGUCUGCACGGGCGGGGCGGAGCUGAGGGGCCACGGGCGGCGCCGGGGCAAGUGGGGCCCCCAGAGCCGCUCCUGCGGCCGACGGGGCAUCUGCACCAUCGCCACCAAGGUGCAGGCCCCCCAGGGCAAAGGGGACGACACGGCCCUGAACGACGUCUACUUCAGAUGCUGUGGGCCCGAAACCCUGCCCCCCACCACAACCCUGCCCCCCACCACCACAACCCAGCCCCCCACCACAACCCAGGCCCCCCCCACACCAACUGAUGAAGGCUCUGGGAUGUGGUUGUUGUAA